GAGCCAUCGCGGGCGCCCUCCGCCGCAGCCUGCGCCCGGGCUUUGCGCUGCUCGCCGGCAGGCUGAGCAGGGGCAGCCGGCUGGAGCUGGGAGCCGCCGAUCCCCAGGGCAGCUGCCGCCGCCGGAGCUGGCCGCCCGACUUGCUGUCCCCGCUCGCCCCCCGGGAGCAGAGGGGCGCGGGGGAGCCGGGACCGCGGAGCACCGGAGCCUGGCUGCAGCUGCUGCCGGUGGUUACAGCAUCUUACCUUGAUAAACGGGCUGCUUCCAUUUGAGAACUGGAUCCAGGAGAGGGUGCUGAGGAAGGAAAAACCAAACCACCUAUUCCAGCAGGGAACAUUAAGAAAGAGAAGAACUAUACUAACGUGUGCCCAUGUGCAUGCUUGGUAGCCACAGGCAGCAUGCACCAAGCAAGGGAAGGGAAAGCACAACAGACAUAUUUGGAUAAUAUACGAUAACAACCCUGUAAAUGCUGAAGAGGCGGCUGAACAGUUGUGUUUUCAGGCACGUCACGGCAAUGUGAGAGAGACAAAGCAGUAAACAGGGUCUCCAGGUUCUCAGACAGCUCUGUUGGCCAAGGUUGGCUUAGAAGUUGCUUUCUCUGCUCAAGAAAAUGGGGGCUGACAGUGAAAACUUAGUCCUGAGGAACAUGCUUAUCGGUCUCAACUUGCUCCUGCUGGGAUCAGUCCUCAAGCCCUUUGAGUGCCGGCUAGAGGUGACAACAGAGCGGAUGAGGAGGCAGGUAGUGGACAAGGAAGGCAACUUUGCCAACUACAGCCCGCCUAUCAAGGAGCAAUCCAUGGUCUUCAACCAUGUAUACAACAUUAACGUCCCCCUGGACAGCUUCUGCUCAUCAGCGCUUGAGGCAUCAUCUGACCAGGAGGUGAGUUCAGAAGACGACAGGAUGACGGAAUAUACGGAGCAGACCUCAGACAGCGAGAGCCAGGUCACCUUCACCCACAGGAUAAACCUCCCCAAGCAGGCUUGCAAGUGCUUCACCUCUGUCCAGGUCAUGCAGGAGCUUCAAAGCAGAAUUGAGAUGCUGGAGAGGGAGGUGUCCAUGCUACGGGACCAAUGCAACUCCAAUUGCUGCCAAGAAAAUGCAGCUACAGGGCAGCUAGAUUACAUCCCCCACUGCAGUGGGCACGGUAACUUUAGCCUGGAGUCCUGUGGCUGCAUCUGCAAUGAAGGGUGGGCUGGAAAAAACUGCUCAGAGCCCCACUGCCCCAUGGGCUGUUCCAGCCGGGGAAUCUGCGUAGAAGGCCAGUGCAUCUGCGACAACGACUACAGUGGGGACGAUUGCUCAGAGCUCCGCUGCCCGACGGACUGUAGCUCCCGAGGCCUCUGCGUGGACGGGGAGUGCGUCUGUGAAGAAGGUUAUGCAGGGGAAGACUGCAGCGAGCUGAGGUGCCCCGAUGACUGCUUGGGAAAGGGGAGAUGCACCAAUGGCACCUGCAUCUGUCAGGAGGGCUACGUGGGGGAAGACUGCGGUCAGCUGAGAUGCCUGAAUGCCUGCAGCGGACGUGGGUUCUGCCAGAAGGGGAUGUGCGCUUGUGAGGAAGGUUACAAGGGACAAGACUGCUCAGCAGUUGCCCCACCCGAGGAUCUGCGAGUGGCUGGGAUCAGUGACAGGUCCAUUGACCUGGAAUGGGAUGGGCCAAUGGCAGUGACAGAGUAUGUGAUCUCCUACCAGCCAAUGGUGCCGGGGGGCCUUCAGCUCCAGCAACGGGUGCCUGGAGAAUGGAGUGCUGUCACCAUCAAGGAGCUGGAGCCGAGCCAAACAUAUAACAUCACCAUCUAUGCUGUCAUCAGUGACAUCCUUAGCGUCCCCGUCACUACCAAGGUGACUACCCAUCUCUCCACUCCACAAGGGCUGCAGUUCAAGACGAUCACAGAGACCACCGUGGAGGUGCAGUGGGAGCCUUUCUCUUUCUCUUUUGAUGGCUGGGAGAUAAGCUUCAUCCCCAAGAACAAUGAAGGUGGCGUCAUCGCACAGCUUCCUAGCAGUGUCACCACCUUCAACCAGACAGGACUGAAGCCUGGGGAAGAAUACAUCGUCAAUGUGGUAGCCCUCAAGGAGCAAGCCAGGAGCCCCCCUACCUCCGACAGCAUCUCCACCUUAAUUGAUGGGCCAACCCAAAUCCUGGUGCGAGAUGUCUCGGACACAGUGGCCUUCGUGGAGUGGACCCCACCUCGAGCUAAAGUAGACUACAUCCUGCUGAAGUACGGCCUCACGAAUGGGGAAGGGGGGAAGACCAUGUUCCGACUGCAGCCUCCCCUGAGCCAGUACUCAAUGCAGGCCCUGAGGCCUGGCUCACAGUACGAAGUCUCCAUCUCCGGGGUCCGAGGGACCAACGAGAGCGACCCUGCUGUCACCACCUUCACAACAGAGAUCGAUGCACCCAAGAACCUCCGGGUGGGCUUGCGAACGUUGGCCAGCCUGGCACUGGAGUGGGACAACAGUGAGGCGGAGGUGCAGAACUAUAGGGUGGUGUACAGCACACUAGCAGGCGAGCAGUACCACGAGGUGCUGGUGCCGCGGAACGCUGGCCUGACAACCCGGGCCACCCUCACAGAUCUGGUGCCAGGAACCGAAUAUGGAAUUGGGAUAUCGGCCAUCAUGGACAGCAAGCAGAGCGUCCCAGCCACCAUGAACGCGAGGACUGAGCUUGACAGCCCUCGGAACCUCGUGGUGACAGCCUCCACGGAAACGUCUAUCUCCCUGGCCUGGACCCAGGCAAAGGGCCCCAUCGACCAUUACCGCAUCACCUUCACUCCAGCUUCCGGGAUGGCCUCCGAGGUGACUGCACCCAAGGACAAGUCUGAGCUGACACUCUCAGACCUGGAUCCCGGUACAGAAUAUACCAUCUCAGUCAUUGCCGAGAGAGGCCGUCAGCAGAGCCUGGAGUCCACAGUGGAUGCAUUCACAGGGUUCCGACCAAUCACACAGCUGCAUUUUUCUCAUGUGACUUCCUCCAGCCUGAACAUCACCUGGAGUGACCCCUCCCCUCCAGCAGACAGGUUUAUCUUGAACUACAAUCCCAGAGACAAGGAGGAGACCAAGCAGGUCAUGCUAGAUGCCACCAAGAGACACGCCACCUUGUCUGGCUUGCAACCAUCUACGGAGUACAUCGUGUCACUGGUGGCUGUGCACGGUUUGGUCAGCUCCGAGCCCAUAGUGGGCUCCAUCACAACAGGGAUCGACCCCCCGAAGAACCUCACUGUGGGCAACGUAACCAAGGACUCAGUGAUGAUCUUCUGGGCCCCUCCUAUCGCAGCUUUUGACCACUACAGAGUGUCCUACCGAUCUGCACAAGGGAGAGUGGACAGCACGGCAGUCGCCAACGACGUUGCCGAAUACACCCUCAGUCGCCUGCAGCCAGCGACCAAGUACGAGAUCAGCCUGAGCAGCGUGCGGGGCCGGGAGGAGAGCGAGCGGGUCUCCAGCACCGUGUAUACAGCCAUGGACCACCCUCUGCAUCUGACUGCCACCAAUGUCACCCCAACAGAAGCCCUGCUCCAGUGGAACCCACCUCUUUCUGAAGUCGAGAACUACGUCAUUGUGCUAACACACUACACAGUUGCAGGGGAGACCAUUCUAGUGGAUGGGGUCAACCAAGAGUACCAGCUGAUCAACCUGAUGCCCAGUACCAGCUACAUGGUCACCAUGUAUGCCACCAAUGGGCCUCUUACAAGCAGCACCAUCAGCACCAACUUUACGACUCUUCUGGAUCCCCCGACUAACUUGACUGCCACUGAGGUCACCCGCCGGAGCGCCCUCCUUUCAUGGCAACCUCCAAUGGCAGAGAUCGAGAACUACAUCAUGACCUAUAGAUCGACUGAUGGAAGCCGGAAGGAGCUGAUAGUCGAUGCUGAGGACACCUGGAUCCGCCUAGAGGGGCUUUUGGAGACCACGGAAUACACCGUACGCUUGCAGGCAGCCCAGGAUGCGAUGAGGAGUGGAUUCACCUCCACCAGCUUCAUCACAGGAGGCCGCGUGUUCUCUAAUCCUCAGGACUGUGCCCAGCAUUUGAUGAAUGGCGACACCAUGAGUGGACUCUACACCAUCUCCAUCAACGGGGACCUCAGCCAGCGAGUGCAGGUGUACUGCGACAUGACCACGGAUGGGGGAGGAUGGAUUGUGUUCCAGAGACGGCAGAAUGGGCUGACGGAUUUCUUUCGAAAGUGGAUGGAUUACCGCGUUGGCUUUGGAAACCUAGAGGAUGAGUUUUGGCUGGGGCUGGACAACAUUCACAAGAUCACAUCACAGGGACGCUACGAGCUACGAAUAGACAUGCGAGAUGGCCAAGAGACAACUUACGCCUAUUACGACAAGUUCUCCCUUGGUGACGCCAGGAGUUUGUACAAGCUCCGGAUAGGAGACUACAACGGCACUUCCGGAGAUUCACUCACCUACCACCAGGGACGUCCGUUCUCCACCAAGGACAGAGACAAUGACGUUGCUGUUACAAACUGCGCCAUGUCAUACAAAGGUGCCUGGUGGUAUAAGAACUGCCACCGGACCAACCUCAACGGCAAGUACGGCGAGUCCCGGCACAGUCAGGGGAUUAACUGGUUCCACUGGAAAGGCCACGAGUUCUCCAUACCCUUUGUGGAAAUGAAGAUGCGACCCUACAACCACCGUAACAUCUCGGGAAGGAAACGACGGUCCCUACAGCUGUGAGCCAGCAGGAAUCCUGCCCCUCCCCACCCCAGCCACCCGACCUUUUCUGUCAUUCGUUUGUAUUUUAUAAUAUGAAAAGGGAAAAGAAAUACUUCCACUCUGAGCUAGCAACCUGGUCCAUAGGAGUCCUGGAAGGGCUGACUGAGCGGCUGGUAGGCUUUGGAAAGGGAAGGACCUCAACACCUUCCCUGUGAAAUGCCAAGUGCCCGCUCCCCCUGCCCACAAUGUGGAAAGAGAGAGAGAGAUGGAUUUUUAGUAUUUUUUUAAAAGACUUAUAAAUCCCAGAUGAACCCCGUAGGACAUGUUUUUGUUGAAGGUGCUCCCUCACCACCAUCUCUGCUACAGCAGGUCCUCCUUCACGCUGCAGGUCCUUUCAGCCAGGGACGGCGAUGGAGGCUGACCCGGCCACGUGGUGGGGGCAGGCUUGCUUUUUGGCUGAGCUGUUGGACUAGGGCCUGCAGCUGAGGCGGCACGUAGCACCAGCCACACCUGGGCAAGAGGGACCAGAAUAGUGCCCUGUCAUUUGAUCAUAGUCAGAGGCAACAAGUCUGAUGCCCCUUCAUCCCAGGGACAGACACUCCACCUCCUCCCUGUCAUACCAGCCAAGGAGAGCCUGCUCCCCUCUCUCCUCCCCAACAUAAUGCCCAAUCCCUCUGUUAGUCAAGAUGAUGCAGCUGUCCCCCUCCCUUUGACCAAGAACACAGAGUGUCCCUUAUCCCCAGGAGCACACUACAUGCGUGCACACAUACACAGUGGAGAGAAGUGAAUUUCAUGCUUGCCAUUGUAUACUGGGUUACUGCAAGUCAUAGAUCUCACAAGGAGCGUGAGAUGCUUGUCUGCAUUGUAUCCAUCUCUCCUUUCCUUUAGAGCGAUCACUGCCUACUUAUGAACCCCACCAUCACCAUGCUUCUAACAUGCCCAAGGUCGCCUCCUAUUUAUGGUAGGUGCAUGGGUAGUAACAGAAUGGAUGGUGCACAGCAUCUGCCUGUAGAUGGGAGCUGCUCUAGUGUUUUCUGGGGUACAAUGGUGACCCAUCUACUCUGCAUGUUGACUUCAUCAUAAACCCUUUGGUGGGUUUUUGCUGUUAUUCUUCCAAGGCCUAGCUCAGGGGAGAGGAGAGGAGAGAAGGAAUCAGACAAAACAGCUUCUAGGAAUCUUUAAUGUCAUUCUGAAGUAAGUCCAUUUAGGCUCCCCUUUCACUAUUAGUUUUACGUACAGUAAUGUUGUGUCUCGUAGUCGUUAUUGGUCCUAAACCAAAGAGUAUUGGAGGAAGAGCAGUGAGCAGAAGAACUGGCAAGUGGCCGCAGUUCAUCCUGAAGCUUGCAGAGACUGUAAAUUGCAGCCGUGUGCUGUGACAUCUAGUCAUCCUGUUUGUGUUCCCUGGGGUUAUGGAGGAAGGAUGGUUUGGGUGGUUGAGGCAAAAGACCUCAAUGUAGAUUCUCUUCCCACCGGCCUCCUCUGUGAUCUGGGUGAGUCACACCAACUCUGUGAGCUGUUUCCACCAGCUCUCCACGGGGAACAGAACUCUUCCCUCCCUCACAGUGUUGUUGCGAGGCUUAAUUCAUUGACAUUUGUAAAGCACUUUCAGAUCCUUGGACGAAAGACCCCAUAUAUGUUCCAAACAUCAUGUUUUCCCUCCUUAUAAAGAGACACCGCCCUGGUUAAAACCUGGUAUUUUAAAACUCUAUCCCAUCCCUGCCUGUUGUUACUAACAACACCUUUAAUUAUUAAAAGUGAUUUUCAAACACUGAAUUUACUCCUUAACGUUGAUGCUGCUUAUGUUUUGCACUUUAAUCAGUUUGGCCAAUGAGAACAGACCAGGCGCUUUCCCCUGCUGUGUCCCAUGCACUAGCACAGGGCAGUUUUGUGUGAGUUCACCGUACUGUAGAGGAAAGGUUACCAGGGACUAUCGCUAUUUGAUAGUGGGCCUGAGUCUCGUUUACACCAAGGCCACUUUCCACUAAAUUGCAGUUUACAGCCACUUUCAGAGAGCAUGUAAAGGGGCCUAAGUGGAACAGAGAAUUCAGGACAGAGUCUCUUUAAUAGAUUCAAGGAGUGUGACUAACUCCCAUCCAGCCCAUGUCCCGUGGAGCGACAGGAGACUAAUCAGGAAAUUAGUCCUCCCCCGUGCCAUGCAUUGGGACAUAAAAACCUAAAUAACCCUGGGUUCAGGAUUAGGUACAACCCUCAACGCCCUGGCUGUAAGGUCAAGGGGAAAGACCCCGUCUGUUGCUAGUCUAGUCUGAUUGAACGGUGCUGCAUCUUCCCCAUCCUUCAGACACUCAGUUGCCUCUUCCAGUGAUGUGGCAUUGGUAUGGCCCAGCAUUAUAAUGGCACUAAGCCUUGCUUUCAGUCCUGAACCCAGGGGGUUUCCUGCCCGUUGAGCACAUGAAUGGGUGAGAGGAUGGUGCUCAGCUAGGGGUAGUUCUGCACACGUGUUGGAUGUAGAGAUGGAUACACAGCCCACUGAAGCCAGCACAGUCUCCUGUGGAUUUUAGUGGGCUUUGUACAAGGCCCUGAGUAAAUCACCAUGAACCGGAGGAGGUCUAGGGAGAUCAAGAAGGAACAAGAAGGCCUCAAUGAAGAACUAGACCUGGGCAGGGGGAGUAGGAUGGGAUGAGACUCUCAUGAGAGGUAGAAAAAUCUCUUCUGUCCUUAGCGUAUCACUUUGGAAUUCCAAAAGCCAACGAGAAGCAGCAGUUAGGGCUGAUGGAAGUUUAGGGAAAUCCCUAGCAAUUAUUUGUAUGAAAACUGUCCCCACCCACUGGCAGCCACAAACAAGAAAUGACAAGGCCAGGUAGUUUAACAGUUAGAACUAAGUGCAGCAACUGAGAGUGCCCUGGCUUCAAUUCCCACCUGAGGCAGUGGCUCUCGGGGUGACUUCACGUUGGACAAAUCACUUGGCUUGAUUGGGCUUUCAUUGUCUCCAUUGUCCAUUCAGGUGGAAGCAAGAAACCUCGCUAGAAAUGCUGCUGCUCAGCACUAGUGAUCCAGCAGAGGGAAAGAAAACAACCAAAAAAACCCACUAUUCUAAAUCACAACCACAGCCGACCUUAUCCCCAUCCCUUCACAGAAACUCAGAUUGAUCUUUCUUUCAGCCUAGUGUUACUGUAGGUAUCAUUUCUCCAGGAAAGGAUCAUUAUUCUCUCAAUAUACUUCCCCACUACACACCCCUCCAUAGCUGCCUCCUAGCUGGGAUGGGAGGGUCCUAACAAUAGGACUCCAUUAUCUGACCAGCAGAACACACUGCAGGAUGAAGGGCAAUUUGCAAUCUAUCUUCUGACCCUAGCGUAUCCCACGACAAGUCAUACCAAAGACUUAACAUGAGGUUACCAAUGCUGCAUCAUGGCACGAGGUUUUGGCAAUCAACACCGACAUGAAAAGGAAUGGGCAGUAAGGGGUAGCCAGGGCAGGCUGAGCACUGAGCCCCUUGAGUAGGGAUUGUGCCUCAUUUUAUCCAUACAUGGCACAAGCUAAAGUUUUUCAAACUACCUCUUGCCUACUCUUGAGUUGAACCUGGUUUUAUUUCUCUGGCGCUUGGUGGAAAUUCCCUUCUCUCCAUCCUCCCACUUCCCUUGUAGCCGAGAGGCUCAGCAAGAGCUCCCACCUGGAGUAAGUUGCUGAGGAAUCUUUGCUUCAUCCUUCCUCUUCUUCACCAUCUCAGCCACUCUACAUGCUGUCUACCUGUGUAGAUUCCCAGCGCUGGCCUUCAUGCUAAUCAGAGACCACCUUCCCUCAGGACCACUGCUGCUGCCCCCGCCCCCUAUCACCCUCAGUCUCUGAGACUAUUAGACCCCUCAAAGGAGAGGUGCCUAUAAUGUUACAUUUCUGGUGCCUUGGGGGUAUCCUGGGAACACCGAGGCAACCAAUCAACAAUGAAUAUCUGGCAAAAUCUGGCCAUUUUCCUCCAUGAAGACUUGCCCGUGAACAGGCUGCAAUUAAAGGUUCAACUAGUGGUUAUGUGCAAAUUGUGUUUGGCACUGGUGCUAUGGGAUUGGCCACCCGAUUAAACAUGGCCUCUUUUCUUGCUCCCUCACUGGAUGACCCUUUAUAUAAACUACUUCUCUGGCCAAAACAAAUGUGGUUUUCUCACCCAAUUAGUUCUGCUUCGUAACUGAACUAAUCUUGGCUUGAAAAUGCACAUGAAACAAACUUGGCUCCUACAAGCAUUCAUAAGAAACUAAUACAAGAGGGAGCAAACUCAACUGAAGGUAAAUUCUAUACAGAAGUUGCUGAGAUGGUCAUGGCUUAUUGUCUCCCUAUUUAUCCAGCUCUCGUCCUGAGGAGAUCACUGAGCUCUAGGCUGGACCUCUCUCUAGGCCUGGUUCCCCCCCACCGAAGUCAACAAAAAGACUCACUGAUUUCAGUGAGCUCUGGCUCAAGCCUUUAACUCACAGAGAGCCAGAAGCCUCCAUGAAGUCAAGAGGAGGUGUUCCACGCACAGGGCUUGCAAGAUCAGACUCAGGAUUUGAUUUGAAAUGAAUUUGAAGUAAUGGUCCAGACUGAGUGAUGUGCAAAAAGGAAAACUCUCAGCAUCAGUAGUGAGAAGGGAAUUUGGCGUUUGCCCUGGAAAGGGCUGCGCAUGCCCUAUGGCUAUUGACUCGAAUGGGAGCACAAGUCUCUUGCGUGGCAGGAUUUUAAUAUUCUUUCCUGAGGUGCUAUAAGUAAGAUAGGGAGGGAAUGUUCUUUGUAUAACACGUUCCUUUAAGCCAGGGCACUAGAGUCCCUCCUGCCCUUGAGAAGAAGGCUAAACUCUCACUGAAUUCUCUCAUCGUGGAAGAGAUGCCUGUACUUACAACAAAGUACCUGGCAGCCCUUAGACAAUGAGCCCUGUUCAGUAGUGCUACCAAGGAUAUGAGGAGAGAGCGGAGAGGCUUUCUGAGGGGAUAGACUUGUUUUCCUUUGCUCUGGCUGCUUUAGUGACUGAAGAAGUGGAAGUAGAGCUUAGCAGCUGUAUCUUUUCUGGUAGCGGAUGAACCUCCGUAAGGACUGGGUUAGGUUUGGCUAAGAGUGCUUUGAAGGCCAGAUGUUUCCCCAAACCACAAGCCAGCAAAAAUCAAGCUGGGAAUCUCUUGAGAACAGGCUGUCUUGGGGCAUCCUGCUCCUAACCAGGCCAGAAAUGAUAUUAUUCCUAUGUGCGUCAUGCCUAAAGGCCACAACCAUGAUCGGGGCCCCAACGGUUCAAGAACUUGCCUGGGGGUAUUUCAGCAUUUCUGCUUCUGGUCCCAUCUGCAAUUGCAGAGAGGCCUGAAUAUUAAACACAUGGGGCUGUGAGGGGACUUUUUCUUACAAAGGUUCUGUUUGGGUUUGGGUCAGCUUUAAGGGAAAGCUCAGCUCCAUUCCUAUUUCAUCUCAGCCAGUUCACCCACCCUCACUCUGUUAUUCUGCAGUGGUUUAAGAAGUGCCUGAAAAAAUCAGGAGCUAGUGAAGGGAGAGCUGCCUUUCCUGGCUUUGCUAAAAGCACAUAAACGUGAGGAAUCCGGUGAUAAAACGAGGCCCAGUCCUCUCCCGCAGGCAAGAAAAUAUUCAUAGGAUGAGCUCUGAUAGUUUGUCAGAGUUAAUUGCUACCCAAGGAGUUUCAAGAAACGUUUGCCUUUGUGCCAGUUUAUAACAGCAAUACCCUGAGGGUCUCAAAUCACAUCACAAACAUAAAUGAACUAAGCCUUGCCUUCCCCCUCUAGCAUUAUUUGUCCCCAAUUCAGAGCAGAGAGAACUGAGUCCCAGGAGACAAGGGGUGGGUGGGGGAUGAGGCGGCUAAAGUGACUUGCUGAAGGUCACACAAGGAGCCAGAUUCUCACCUACUGGAAACUGGCACAUCUCCAACUUCCCUGGAACUAGGCAGUGUAACAACAGCUGAGGGCAUGGCCUAGCAGGUCUGGUUUGUACUGGCUUUGUAUCAUCAGGUAUUUAUGUGAUAAAUCCGACCUUCACCAAUCUGGGAAGUCCAUGUCUAAAGAGGUCUUUUCUUCUGAAGGUGUCCACAGCCCUGUGUGGGUAAAUGCCACACUACAGGGCAGCCUGUGGAACAUACUGUACAGGUCAGAGGUCAAGAUACCCCUCAAUGCACAUAGCCAAAUGGGUGACAUCUAUCAGUCCUUGGUUCCCUAUUGAUGGCUCAGAUGUCACGUCUUCACAACAGCAGUACCAGGACUGAAACGCUGGUUGCUAAGGUGUGCAUCAGGUCCAGACGACUGGGAAUUAAAAUAUCAAGGAGCAGAAACUGCAACUGAGCUCACCGAAGGGUGAGGCCACCUUCUCGAGCUAUCCGUAGAGACACACGAGGAAGGAACGUUUUUGUCAUUUCCUUUGGCAUCUCAGGUUCACUUCCUCUCACCCUGUCAUGGAACAAUUAGCAGUGACAAAUACCAGCCAGAAAACAACAAUGCCAACAAACCAGUUAUAUAGCCCCUGAGGCUAGAGAAACACAACUAGCUCAGGUGAGCAAAGCACAGAGUAUGAGUGGCCCCUGUGGGGAGAUAGGAGAAGUGCAAUUUAUUAAAUCCCAGUGGGCACUCUUGUCCUUCCCCUCUUGCCUCAUCCUUCCUUCCUAUAGGUCAGGUAAAGUCAAGGUUUGGUUCAGUCUUCACCCCCUCCCUCCUGACAAUUUUCUAGCGCACUAAAGGUGCAUGGGACAGCAGCAGGAGGAUGGGGGCAGGUCUAUUGGCCUCACUGCAUAAUACAUUUUCCUGGGCAUGUAUUUACACUAUACAUGAAGAUAUACAUAUAUACACAUAUUAAUACAAGCAAACAAGCUCACCGGCCUAAGUGUAGUGCAAUAUGUCAGUAACCGACUCCGGACACUGCCAAAAAAGUGCUCAUCUGUUCAGAUCCCCUUCCCCGGUCCCCCUAGGAAAUUUGCUCAGAGGCAUUGAUUCUCUGCAAGAGAGAGAGGAUCACAUUCCACACACCAGGAUGGUCUCCUUUCCCAGCUGAAGGCAGCACCCCGGGAAAUUCCCCCAGCUGCCCAGCAUGAUCUCUAUGUUCCUACAAAUAAGGCAGAUGCCAUGGGUCGGUACUGUAAUAAAUAUUUCCCCCAGUUUAUUAUGGGCCUGCCUGACAGUGCUUACUUCUUGUCCUGCCUAGGAACUAGAUAAGCGCUUAACGGAAUUUUGGUACCCUUUAACUCCACAUAAUCUGCUACACCGUGCUAUGGAAUAUGGCUAUGGCACUGCUGUUUCAAAGAAAGAGGAGGGGGCAGGGAAAGUGCAGGGAGCCAGCAUCUUUCAGUGAGAAUCCGCAGGAACAGACCCUCCUCGCUCUCCACCUGGGGAGACAAACUCUGAACCCUCCAGACUUCGGCCGCUGGCACUUUUUCAGGGGGGUGGCAAAAAACAAACGAACAAACAAAAAACCCCGGCCCCCACCCCCUUUGUACAUACAUUACUCUGGAAUUGUGUUUAUUAUUUAAAAAAGGAAGAAAGGAGGCAGAAAGCUCCCCCACAUGAACUGAACUAAAUCUACACAACUGAAGCGGGGAGAGAAAACUUAACUGCCCUCCCAACGCUUGUUGGCCAUUCUUAACUAGUAUUUUUAGUCCUGACUGCUCUUAGCCUAUGUAUAGUUCCUUUUUUUAAAUGCAUUUUCUAUUACGUUAAUAAAAGAUUCCAAAGGA